UGAGAACAUUCGUGUGACUGCACAUUAACUAAACGAGGUACAAACAAAUACAUAUGACCUUCUAGAGUUCAACACGUGGCUAAAAUCAACAAGGGGGCAUUGACACCACACCCCGGCAUACGACUAUAUCUUUCAGUGUCAACACAUGGCCGUCAUGUGAUGAUGUAACUUCAGGUCCAUGGUCCAACUCACAACAAAGUGAGAAACCUUUUUGAAAUCUUGCAUGAUCAUUUCAACGAACAGUACUGUCACAGAGAAGGAUAUUUUACGUUUUUGAGGAACUUGUGUGUCCUGUUUUGUCUGUGAAGACGUAAUAUGUCACAAGUUAAAACCGAAGAUGAGACGUCGCCGUUUGCAGUUGGGUCCAUCCAACACAAGGGGACUGAGCAUGCGCAGAAGAAGACUGGGCAUGCGCAGAAGAAGGGCCUGACGGUGAUUACGGCUGCCCUGUUCUUGGUGGGUGAGAUGGCGGGAAGCGGUGUGCUGGCCCUGCCGAGAGCUGUCGUCAACACGGGCUGGAACGGCGUGGUUAUCUUGGUGUUGUGUGGCGCGGUGGCGGGACAUAACGGCAUCAUGCUGGGCAGGUGUUGGAACAUCCUACAGCUCCGCUGGCCGGAGUACAGGGACCACGUCAGGGACCCCUACCCGGCCAUCGGCGAGAGGGCUUUCGGGAAGGUUGGGAAAGUUGCGGUUAGUGUUUGUGUGAACGUGACGUUAUUCAGCGGAGCCACAGUGUUCCUGUUGUUGGCUGCGGAGAACCUACAGACCCUGGUGCAGGACCUGUCUCCUCACAAAGGCAACUUCUCCUUCUGUUUCUGGCUCAUCAUCUUGGCAGGGGCGCUCACACCAUUCACUUGGUUUGGGUCACCCAAAGAUUUUUGGCCUGUGGCAGUUGUAGCCUCCGCAUCCACAGUCCUGGCCUGUCUACUGAUGUUGAUUGGUGUUCUUGUGGACAUCCCGAACUUUCAACAUGUAAAGGACGGAGAAGUGGAGAUCAAAGCGUUGUUCCUGACGUUUGGAACUAUCCUGUUCGCAUACUCAGGGGCGAGCACAUUUCCCACAAUUCAGCAAGAUAUGAAGGAACCGGAAAAGUUUUCCAGAUCCGUCGUCCUGGCGUUUGCAGCUUUGCUCUUGAUGUAUGUUCCACUGUCCGUUGCGGGUUUUCUGGUCUACAAGUCGGAGUGUGAUAACAACAUCCUGUCUACCCUGACGGCGGGCGGUCUGAAGUACGCCUCCCUCAUCCUCAUCACGUUACACCUCAUCUUCGCCUUCAUCAUCGUCAUCAACCCCGUCUGUCAGGAGCUGGAGGAACGAUUCAGGAUAGCCAAUAAGUUCGGUAUAUUCCGGAUCUUACUCCGGACGUGCUUGGUGGGACUGGUACUGUUUACCGGAGAGAGUCUGCCUCAUUUCGGCGCCAUCUUGUCUUUGGUUGGAGGAUCAACCAUCACCUGCCUCACCUUCAUCUUCCCUUGCCUAUUCUAUUUGAAACUCGCCAGACAAAAGAGUCCUGAUUGGCCGGAAAUCGAAGUGCAGCCGUACGAGUGGGCGUGGCAUAUAGAGUUCAUCCUGAUUGGUGUGGUGGGCGGCAUAGCCUCAACCUACUCCGGUAUUGACGGGAUCGCCAGAGGCUUCCAAGUGGUCCCCUGUUACGUCAAUAUGACGCGCCUUUGAGGCGUUGCCAAAAUAUUAUGCAAAAUCUAUAGAAGUACUGAGAAGUCUUGAUGAUAGAUAGCUUGUGAGAGCUUUUAGGCUCAAAAAUGUCUCUGCGAUUGCGAGGGGGCUAAUUGAUAUAAUAGAAAUACGAAGUUAAGAAUCCCUUUUGCAAUUCUAGUACAUGCAUGUUAUUCUUAAUUGUCAACAUGUAUACAGAAAAAAAAUCUUUUUAUUAUGGGCAUACCCGUAUCAUUGUAUCAUCAGGUUAUAUAGUAUUCUUCUCCCGCGUAUUGCCUAUCCCCAUAGGGUGGCACAAAACGAGUAUAUACGUAUGUUAUUUUGUACCUAUCAGAAGGAGCGAUACACAGGCCGGAAUCUAUGUGUUACGGCGUCAUAACCAACGUGGGACGGGGCCUUCUGAUUGGUCCGCGGCGCCUUGUUAUAUGAUAUUAUACUACAUACAAAUCGUCAAACUUUUUACAUACGAUACAUGUAUAUAAAUGUUGUGAAAACUAUUCUAAUUGUGAAGGUCUAGGAACCACAUGUUACCAGAAAGUUAAAUCAGAUAAUGAAGGAAACGUUUUGCCAGAUUAUACUGAUGUUGAAUGCUUCGUUUUCAAGAGUAUUUGCACUCGCUAUAUGUAGCUAGUCAACAUUGUGCUCUUUAUCUGUGUCUGUAUAGCCGCUAUCCCAGCAGCCAUAUACAUAUAAGUACGCCGUGUGUUCUACGAUUGAUUCUGUAACACCCAGGUUACACCCUCUUCAUAAAAUGGCACGUGCCAUGUGCUGAAUAA